CGCCUUCCCGUGGCGCGAGCCGUCAGCCGCUGAAGCCGGACGGGCAGCAUGUUACGGUUAUCCGUGUUCCGGCUGCUCGGUCGCGCCGGAGCUCCUCAGGUCUCGCUCCCGGAGGCGUCUGGUCCGCGCCGCUACAGUUCGCGCCCCCUCUGCCCUCGAGACGAUGUGGGCGACAGGCGCGCCUUCUUCACGACGCCUAUUUUCUACGUGAAUGCGGCCCCGCACAUCGGACACCUGUACUCGGCGGUGCUGGCGGACGCCCUGUACCGCCACCGUCGCCUCCGAGUCCCCAGCGCGUCCGCCACGCGAUUCUCAACGGGCACCGACGAGCACGGCUUGAAGAUCCAGCAGGCGGCCGCCGCGGCCGGCUUCGCCCCGACCGAGCUGUGCGAACGAGUGUCGGCCCAGUACCACCAGCUUUUCCGCCAGGCUGACAUCGCCUCCACCGACUUCAUCCGGACCACUGAGCCCCGACACCGGACGGCCGUGCAGCACUUUUGGGGCCUGCUGGAGGCUCGGGGUCUGCUCUACAAGGGGGUCUACGAAGGUUGGUACUGCGCGUCCGACGAGUGCUUCCUGCCGGAGGCCAAGGUCACCCGGCAACCCGGCCCGUCGGGGGACUCGUGCCCCGUGUCGCUCGAGAGCGGUCACCCCGUCUCCUGGACCCAGGAAGAGAACUACAUUUUCAGGCUUUCGGCGUUUCGGGAGCCGCUCCAGCGGUGGCUGCGGGACAACCCCCGGGCGAUCACCCCGGAGCCCUUCUAUCACUUAGUCCUUCAGUGGCUGGAAGAGGAGCUGACCGACCUGUCCGUCUCAAGGAGGAGAAGCAACCUGCACUGGGGCAUCCCGGUUCCUGGCGACGAGUCGCAGACCAUCUACGUGUGGCUGGACGCCUUGGUCAACUACCUUACCGUCAUUGGCUACCCAGACGCCCAGUUCGAAUCUUGGUUGCCAGCCACCGUUCACAUCAUAGGCAAGGACAUCCUGAGAUUUCAUAGCAUCUAUUGGCCUGCCUUCCUCUUAGGCGCCGGCCUGAGUCCGCCUCGCCGCAUCUGUGUCCACUCCCACUGGACUGUCAGUGGCCAAAAGAUGUCUAAGAGCUUGGGCAACGUGGUGGACCCCGGGACUUGCCUUGACCGCUAUACCGUGGAUGGCUUUCGGUACUUUCUCCUGCGGCAGGGUGUUCCCAACUGGGACUGUGAUUACUAUGAUGAGAAGGUGGUUAAGUUGUUAGAUUCCGAGCUGGCAGAUGCGUUGGGAGGCCUCUUGAACCGAUGCACUGCCACCAGAAUCAAUCCUUCUGGAACCUAUCCGGUGUUCUGCACUAACUCCUUUCCCAGGGAGCCUGGGCUGGGGGGACCAUUAGUGCGUGCUCAGGCAGAGGAUUAUGCUUUGGUGAGUGCAGUGGCCACUUUGCCCAAGCAGGUAGCUGACCACUAUGAUAACUUUCAGAUUUAUAAGGCCCUGGAGGCAGUGUCCAACUGUGUCCGGCAAACUAACGGCUUUGUCCAAAGGCAUGCACCGUGGAAGCUGAACUGGGAGAGUCCUGUGGAUGGUCCCUGGCUAGGUACUGUACUUCAUGUGGCCUUGGAAUGUUUGCGAGUCUUUGGGACUUUGCUCCAGCCUGUCACCCCAACCCUGGCUGACAAGCUGCUGUGCAGGCUGGGAGUCUCUGCCACAGAGAGGGGUCUUGGAGAACUCUGCUUCUUGCCUCGAUUUUAUGGACAUCCAUGCCCUUUUGAAGGGAGGAGGCUGGGACCUGAAACUGGGCUUUUAUUUCCUAGACUGGACCAGUCCAGGACCUGGCUGAUGAAAGCCCAUAGGACCUAGAGACUCCUAUCUUUAAUGACUUGUGAUUAAAAAAAAAUAGCAAAUGUAUUACUAUUUUGCAUUUUCAGGAAAGUUAGUGUUUUUCUUAAAGUGUUGCUUCAGUGAGCACAUAAACUGUGUCCCUGUGAGAAGAGGUUUGUAGCUUUUCAGGUGCCUACCUUGCAUUCUUCAGUUCUCUGUGCUCUUUAGCCAUUAUCCAUUAGCCAUGUGUAUUGAGUGUCCGAGUGUCUCCAGGGCAAAGAUGGGUUAGAGACAACUUUGCUGAUUUGUUCUCAUUGUGCCGCCUCCUAAACUAGUUAUUUGUCUGGACUAUCUCUAAUGUUUUUUUACUGGAGUGGCCUCUGCUGGCCAGAUUAGAGAGCCUGAGAGUUGGAGACCCCUACCUCAGCUUUAUAGGGGGGCCCUAUUUUGUUAUUAUAUUGAAUCUCCUGUUAAAAAGAUUAUCUUGUUAAACCUUUUGAAAACCAGUGUCCUAGGUGAUGAUUUUUACUAGUGUUUAUAUUUUCAGUUCUUAAAACACUCCCUGCCCUAAUGGCCCAAUAGUUAACGCUUUGUAACAUUGCACUUCAAUCAGUAGAUGGCGCUCUUACACAGUAUCCAAUUUUGCAGACUUCAGGCUUAAUUUUCUGAACAUAGGAAUAACCACUGCUGUUUCACUGAAAGUAAUUUUAAAAAGAUAAUACUCAAUUCUUUAAAGAAUAUUGAAAAAGAAUGUUUACUCCUUAAUAUUUAAUAAGUUAGUAAGUACAUGUAUUAAAUUUGGACAGUAUGAUAAAAAUUUUUGAGGUACUUGCUGUGUUCAGAUUAUUUACACUUUAAUAGCAUUACGAUACGGGUAUGAUUAAAAAUAUUUAAAUCACUCAAAAGGGCUAUUUUAUUUUUGGUUUUGAACCAAACGUGGUAGUGCUCAGGGCUUACCUCCUGGUGUUAUAAAAUGCGCAGGUCAACUGGUCAGCUGCAUGCAGGGCAACCGCCUAACUGCUGUAAUCUCUCUUUCCCCCAAAGGAGCAAUUUCUAAAACUAGUCUAAAUUUUGUUAUCUACAUGCAUACUUAACCUUACAUGAUUUCUUUUGGUGUGGUCAAUCAUGGUCUUUAAUAUAAUUUAGAAAUUUUUCAUACGUUUACUUUUAAGUAGUUUUUACUAAUUAUUUCUUUUGCUGUUUUCACUUAUUAAAGUUUAAAAGUUUGUAAGUACCUUAUUCAGAUUUGUUCUGUUGCAUUUGUUGAAGGUGAUGAUGGUGAAGGGAGGAAAAUGAUCAGUGCUUCAGGAUUCUGACUGCAUUUAGGGAUCUCUCCAAGGCUCCAUAAGAGAACAUCACAGACAAGAUGUUAAGGUAUCAAUUUAUAUAAUGGCUAUAGCACAGUAAGCCAGCAUUCUCAUAGG